GCUCUGCGUUUCUUCCGCGCGCGCACGCCACGUCGGCCACAAUAGUAAAACAACGUGCGCGCCCCCGCUUAACAGCGACAAGAUGGCGGUCGCCGCCGGAUCAGGCGUUAAAGUUCCUCGCAAUUUCCGGCUCCUGGAAGAGCUGGAGGAAGGUCAGAAAGGUGUGGGAGACGGGACGGUGAGCUGGGGUCUGGAGGAUGACGAGGACAUGACCUUAACCCGGUGGAGAGGAGUGAUCCUCGGCCCUCAGAGGACGAGCUUUGAAAACAGGAUGUACAAUCUGAAGGUUGAAUGUGGGCCGGGCUACCCAGAGGUCCCACCGUUUGUCAAAUUCGUGACAAAGAUAAACUUGAAUGGCGUGCACACCUCCAGCGGUGUGGUUGACAUGCAUGCGGUGACUUCACUAUCCAAGUGGCAGAACACCUACAGCAUCCGGAUGGUGCUGCUGGAGCUGCGGCGGCUCAUGACGUGCAAGGAGAACAUGAAGCUUCCUCAGCCGCCUGAGGGCCAGAUCUACAGCAACUGAGCCCCUUCCACGUCUGGCUCCAUCUUUUUCUCCUCUUCUUCUCCUCCCCGCUUCCUUCAACUCUUAAUAUUUGCUUUCAUCCCUUUUAUCCCCCCACCAUCAUCCGACAUGUGACAUUCCACCUCCUGCCGAUACCUUGGCUGAGCAUGUACACACAGAAACACAGAAAAAAAAACACACAUGCAUACACACACAGAAACAAAGAAAAGCAUACAUACAAACACACACACACAAACAAAGAAAAGCAUACACACACGCACACUCAAAUAUUAGAGCAUUCAUGAAAAAUUCAUUCCAGGCCCCGCCCCCCCCUCCCUCCCCCAUCACUGGAGCUCUGGGCGGACUCGAUGUGACGAGGCAGGCGGAGUCCUCAGUCCACACCAGAUAUGAUCAUUCGAAUACUGUACAUCUUACUAAUCUUCUUUUUAUUAUUAUUUGUUAAAAAUAAUGCAGAUUGUACAAUAACAUAAAUAAUCUUAUUGAGUGUACCUCUUUGUCUGUUGCCUUUUUGUUACAUAAAAAAAAAACGGCCACUUAACACAGUUGACGUGGUUCACGAGACAUUUUCUGUAAAUCACAAAGUAAUCUUCUUCACCUACAAACCCUGACAGGCAAACCCAGUUGAACCUGGAAAAUGGUGUUAAGAAUGUCUUGUGGUCAGAUGUCUAAUGAAAUAUUUACUUCAGUGUGUGUUGACAUGGGCUUGAACACAUUGUUUUCAAGUAAAUGCACGUCUGCAGCUUGGCAAAGUGCCAAGAA